GAUAAUAAACAAUUAUUCAGAUUAUAGUGACGGGUUUUAAGGUAAUAAACAAUUAACCAGUGUAUAGUGACAGGUUUUGAAGAAAGUGAAUAAUUGAGCUGUUUAUAAUGAAGGCAAAGAACUGCGGAUGCUGACCACAGGAAAUAGGUGUAAAACUGGAAAGUGCUGGGAAAACCCAGCAAGGUUUCUAAUAUCUGUGGAAGGUAAAACAGAAUUAGGUUUAAAGUGUGACAGUCCACUACUGCCCUCUCUCCCUGACUCCAGAGAGUAACAUCCGGGAUAUUCCAGGGCAGUGACCAACACGUGAGGCUGUGGGAAAGGUGAAAGGUCAGGCUGAUCACGUGCUCGGGGUGAGAGGUCAGCGCCGUCUCCCACAACGAUGGCUGUCCGAGGUCUGCAGCUGGCCGGAUCCCGGUGAAGGAGGGUGUGGGGAAGAGGCUCUCGGAGCGGGCUGGGCUGGGCCGCGCCGCCGCAGGUUGAGCGGGGAGGACGCGUCUGGGCCAUGGGCUGCAAGCCCGGCGGUGCCUUCCAGGGAGAGGCCGGUGGAGGCUGUGCGGACCGGGGAGUGCAGUGAAGGCGGUGGGAUGUGGCAGCCAGCCAGCCGGGCUGGGUCCGGGUCCGGGUCCGGGUCCGGGCUCGGGCUAGGCGGCAGGAGCGAGGAGAUCGGAGAGUUGAUCGAACAUUUCUCCAAACAUCAAUACCGGGCCAAGGAGGCCAAUCCCAAGGUGGAAAAGAUUGAGAAUCGUUGCCUUGAAUUGUUCAGGAAGGACUAUGUUUUCAGUGUGAUUCUGAAUCCAAAUGGAGAGCUUUGCGGACAUUAUCCCCGCCAAAUCAUCAUUAUGGAAUAUGAAAGUACGGAGGGUGACAAGGACAGGUUUGAGAGCACAGUUCAGACAAGCAAACUGCAGGAUUUUGUGAGCCGUAGCAAGAUGGCAAGAUGUCGUAGUCGCUUUGUCUGCCCAGUCAUCUUAUACCAUGGAAAGCAUAUAUGUCGGUCAGCAACCCUGGCUGGAUGGGGGGAGUUGUAUGGGCGCAGUGGAUACAACUACUUAUUCUCAGGAGGAUCUGAUGAUGCAGGAGCAGAGUCUGAUGAAGUGCCUGAUGAUUUUGCAGUACGGAAUGGUGAUUCACAGUUGUUUGAUAAAGUCCGGGGUCAUGAUAUAAAACUGCUGCGCUAUCUUUCUGUUCGUUACAUCUGUGAUCUGAUGGUAGAGAAGAAGAAAGUUAAGUUUGGGCUGAAGUAAGUGGUUUCUGAAAUUA